UCGUGCUGUACAAGCAGAUGCGCCACAAGCACAUCCAUGUUGGAGAAGUUUGGGGCGUUUAGCGAGUCGCUGGUGCGCGUGUACACGCGGCAGCUGCUGCUGGGGCUGGAGUAUUUGCACGCGUGCCGCAUCGUGCACCGCGACAUCAAGGGCGGCAACGUCCUCGUCGACCGCGACGGCGUCGUCAAGCUCGUCGACUUCGGCGCCUUCAAGAGCUUCCACGAGGGCACGGUGGGCGAGGGGUGCAAGAGCAUCCGCGGGUCGGUGUUCUGGAUGGCGCCCGAGGUCAUCAAGGGCGAGGGCUACGGCAGGCGCGCCGACAUCUGGAGCGUUGGGUGCACCGUCAUCGAGAUGCUGACAGGGCGGUGAGUCAUCAAGAUUCUGACAGGGCGGUGAG